AGCUAUGAGAUCAUUAACAAAGCAUUUGUGCAAUUAACCACAACCCAAAAAGUAGGGUUCUUGCACCGUUAGACAACCAGUUGCCAGUUACAAGCAAAUAGCCAAGGCCGAAGGAUAUACAUACAACAUACACACAGUGUUCAAGUGUUGAGUAAAAACUUGUGAAAAAAAAAUGAAAAUUCAAAUUGCUCUAGUUUUGAUCGCCUGCACUGUGUCCGCAGUAUUUGCCGCACCACAAGCACAGGGUGAACCGAUUGCAAUUAUUAGUCAAGAAUCGAAUAUUGAACCAGAUGGUUCAUACAAUUACAACUAUGAGACCGCCAAUGGCAUUAAAGGAGAAGAGACGGGCACCCUUAAGAAGGCCACCUCACCGGACACCAGCGAUGUUAUCAUUGCGCGUGGCUCAGUCAGCUACACUUCACCGGAAGGCAAUUUGAUUACCUUGAACUAUGCUGCCGAUGAUGAGAAUGGCUUCCAGCCACAAGGCGAACAUCUACCCACACCACCACCAAUCCCACCAGCAAUCCAAAAGGCACUCGACUACUUGCUCAGUCUGCCCCCAGCGAAACGUCGUUAAGCAAAACUUAGCUCAUACACUAAAGUAAUAUGAAAAGGCAAAACUUUUAUGAAAAUGUUUUCAUUUUUUUCUAAAUUCUUCCCUGCCAAGUGAAACCUUCAAAAUGAUUGCUGUACUAUACUUAACAAAAUCCCAUUUACUUACAUACAUAUAUAACUACUUAGCGUACCUAUUACAUAUGGACGAAUGUGGACACGUUGCUCAUACGCAUUAAAAACGAAAUAUAUCAAACACACACAUACACAUACUAGGGCACUAAAUGAAUACACAUAGAAAAAGCAAUUAUUGAGUUGAAGCAUUGUGUAGUGAGAUGAAAUGUAAAUGUAUGUACGUAUGGAAAGUAAUGAGCGAAAAUAAUACAAAAAAAAUACUAAGUACACUGACUGAAUGAACCGUUAGUUAUAAUAAGCGAAAAAUGUAUAAUAUUUUAAAAAUACAAACAAAAAAAGAAAUAUAUAUAAUAUUAAUACCAUACUAGUUGUCAACUGGCAUUAGCUCACUACACCUACACUACUCUUAGCAAAUAUUUUGUAGCCUCUCGCUCUCACUCUACACCUUCUGUUUCAACCACCUCAAUUGUUUGUGUGCACGACAACUUCAACUCUCUCAUUCUGCUUGCCUACAAUGAUACUCAGCAUUUAACUGCACCCUGAGCGGAAAUUUAAAUAUUAUAAAAUACUUCUGAAGCGAAAUACAAGAUAUCACCGCUUGAAUUCUUCACUUGCACUUUCACUGCACAAGCUCUUCUUUGACGCAGAACUGUUUUCAAACUUGUGGACUUUCCAACUUGUUGAACACUCUCGACUCCUACUCUCUCCCUAUCUCUUUUAUACUUUUGUUUGUAGUCGCCGGAACCUUAUUGCUUCGGACCCUUGUGAUAUCGUUGCUUUUUAAAAAUGAGAUAAAAAUUCAAUGAAAUGCAUUUUUUGCUAAUAAAAAAACACUAUAAAUAUUUUGUUCAAGAAAGUUACAGAAGUUUUAGUAAAACACUAGAAAUGAUGUUGUUGUAUCAUAUGUUAAGCACUACAUAAUAUGAACGAUUAUUUCCAUACGUUUCUCAUAAAUGUAUAUAAUAUAAAAUUUUAUACACAAAUGUUAUAAAUGUCUUCGUGUAAAGAAUUAAGAAAUGCAAGCUGAGAAUUAAAGAUUCUUAAAAAAAUU